CAUCAAUCUCUACGUUUCCGCCCAAAGCCACACAAAAAAAUUUACCAGCUCUCUCUCUCUCACAUCACCCCUCACUCUCACAGCGACAGAAAUGGUGGAACCAACGCCUUCAUCGUUACCGUCGCCGUCGUCUCCGAGCCCUAACCAUCUCGUCCCACCAACUCUGUCUGCCGAUCCUCCACCACCGCCAUCACAGUCAGCAGGGGGGCCCAUCCUCCCCUUCCCCAAGAGGCCGUCGUUUCGGGUUACCUCCGAGUUCGACAGUGACAGCUCCGUCUUCUUCCACAAAGUAUCAUGCAAGCUCUUCGAUAGCCUCGCUAAGCUCAAGCUCUCCUUCCAGAACAACAACAAGGGAGAGGUUUCUGAUCCCCAGCUCGUCUUCACCUCCAAGCACCUCUCCCUCCACUAUGACCUUGAGGAACAGGACGCCCUCGUCAAGGCAUCCUUCGAUGUCGGUCCUAGGCUUCACUUUAAGGCAGCGCACGAUGUCAAGGCCAACCAAGGUGAGGUGGCGAUGGUUGCAAACCUUGCUGAUCCUGGCUAUGCACUCGAACUUUCGUCUCCCGUUCCAUAUAUUGGCCUGCCAAAAGCAACCAUCAAGUUCCCACUUGGCGAGGUUUCAUUGGAGGAGAGAGAAGAGGAAGAAGUGAAGAGAGCAUUGUCAAUUAAUGGGAUUGUUAAAAGUCAUAUAUUGAAUGGGAUUUGCACAGCUCAAUACAGCGAUGAAGAUUUGAAAUUAAGAUACUGCUACAAGGAUGAUGCAAUAUCUUUUAUCCCUAGCAUUUCACUACCUUCAAAUUCUUUAUCAUUUGCAUUAAAGCGUUGUUUCAGCCCUUCUGAUAAGUUGAGUUACUGGUACAAUUUUGAUUCUGACAAGUGGAGUGCAGUCUACAAACAUACAUAUGGCAAAGACUUCAAAUUUAAGGCUGGUUAUGAUUCAGAGGUGCGACUCGGCUGGGCAUCUCUUUGGGUUGGGGAUGAAGGUGGCAAGGCAAAGACAGCUCCAAUGAAGAUGAAGGUACAGUUUAUGCUUCAAGUGCCACAAGAUGACAUCACGUCAUCUGCUUUAAUGUUUCGUGUUAAGAAGAGGUGGGACAUUUGAGUCCGAGAAUGCUAUAGCCUUGCUCUUCAACGUCACAGAUUAAUGUGGACUGGACUCUACGUGAUAGGUAGCUUUCAAGCGUUGUGAUUAUGCGUAUUGUUGUUAUAUACAGUGACAUAUGAUGUUGUUACUAAGUAGCAUCAAGUCAAGUAUGUGAUAAUCUUGCUCAUUUGUUUUUCUUUAAUUUGAUCACUUUCACGCACAGCCUCGUUCAUCAGGCAUGAUUGUAAAUGGCUCGUCAAAUGCUUUGUUUGUUUACGCACCUAC